UCCGCGCCGAGUGCACAUGUCCACGCCGCCUCCUCCCGUGCAUAUAUCGACGUAUAAUUCAAAAAACAAAUUAUAAGUUUAUCGAACUGUUUGUCAUUGGAUUGUUGUGUUUUGUGUAGGAUGUGGCACAUCACCGAAGUGGGGUAAUUACGACGAACAUGUUCAAAUAAUGAAAUAAUGACAACUUUUACGAGACGGCUUUGAGAGGAGCGGCCAGGAGGACGAGCGGCCGACCAUGAACUUAUCACGAAUACAACCACGUGGGCUCAAUGUUACCAAUUAUGACUCGACAACCGAGUGGUACGAUCCCAACUGUUCAUGGGUGGACGCGGUGUCGUGGGGCUGCAACGUCACACUCAACGUCACCGGCAACGCGACCAGCACUGACGUCACGUCGCUCGUCCUCAUGGCGGUCACGUCCGUCAUCCUCGCUCUUAUCAUCCUCGCUACUAUUAUUGGUAACGUGUUCGUUAUAGCUGCAAUAAUAAUAGAGAGGAAUCUUCAGAAUGUCGCGAACUACCUCGUUGCGUCGCUGGCGGUGGCUGACUUGAUGGUGGCGUGUCUAGUCAUGCCAUUAGGAGCUGUGUAUGAGGUCAGCCAAGGCUGGAUAUUGGGACCCGAACUCUGUGACAUGUGGACGUCCAGCGACGUGCUUUGCAGCUCGGCAUCCAUACUUCAUCUAGUUGCCAUCGCCACUGACAGGUACUGGGCUGUCACAAACGUCGACUAUAUCCACAUAAGAAAUGAGAAACGGAUCUUCACAAUGAUCUUUCUCGUGUGGGGAGCAGCGCUAGUCGUCUCUCUCGCACCCCAGUUAGGCUGGAAAGACCCCGAUUACCUCGCAAGGAUAACACAACAACAAAAGUGCCUCGUUAGUCAAGAUCUCGCGUAUCAAAUCUUUGCAACGUGUUCAACGUUCUAUGUCCCCCUCACUGUAAUCCUUAUCUUAUACUGGAAGAUAUUCCAAACAGCUCGGAGACGAAUAAGAAGACGUCGAGAGCCGCCACCCGCUCGCCCUACAUCAGCUGACGGAGCUCCGCCUUCAGGGAGGCCAGUACAAUCAGCAAGAGACCGAAGGUUCGUAAAGAAACGAUUCCUAAAUCUCAAGAAAUGCAACCAGCGCACAAGAGCAGAGACGAUUGCCGCUGCGUUGUUACUAACUGAAGGUCAGAGCACAUCAACAGUGGACACGCUAGACGAAGAACCUCGUACCACUGCGUUCACGAUAAACGAGAAAUUACCAGCUGCUGUGUCUCCAGAAAAGUCUUCCUCAACCGUUACAAACGGUUCUAAACCUGAACGAUCGAUCGUUCCGGGUCCCUCGCAAAAAGAAAAGAAAGAAUCUUUAGAAGCAAAACGUGAAAGAAAAGCAGCAAAAACUCUUGCUAUUAUUACUGGAGCGUUCGUGUUCUGCUGGUUGCCUUUUUUUAUAAUGGCGCUAGUGAUGCCAAUAUGCCAAACGUGUGUGAUAAGCGACUAUCUAGCGAGCUUCUUCUUAUGGCUCGGUUAUUUCAAUUCUACUCUCAACCCUGUGAUUUACACGAUAUUCAGCCCAGAUUUCCGCCAAGCGUUCGCGCGCAUUCUCUUCGGCACGCAUCGCCGCGGUCGCAAUAAGAAAUACUAAAAUAUAUCGCUAUGUAUUUAUAGAGAGGACUAUUUAUCAUCAUCAUUGUAUAUUUCGGCUUGUAUGUUAUACAUACCCGUUUGUAGUUAGUGUAAAUAUAAGUUAGAUAAUUGUAAAUAAAGAUAUACAUAAUACGAUAUAGAAUGUUGAGAAUUGUUUUUAUAGUUUAUGCUAGCCGCGACGGUGUCGUUCCGAGUCCAAAGCGACAUCGCCGCUCGCUCUAAGGGCCGCCGUCCACCAAUGCUGGGCAGAGGAAAUGACGCGAAAAUACCUUGAUUUUCUGAUACAGUCGUUUAUUUUGUUUGUCAGCCGCUGUCGCCGCAUCGGUGGCGUGUGACCCUUACGUUGUUCCAGUGACAUUACGAAAUAAAUAUUCAAAUUAUAUCACG